AUGAAUUCGGAUGUACAUCGUCAUCAGGCACAUCCUCCCCUGGCACAGCACGGUGUACACGGCGCACAGAGCGUGGGCCCCUGCGGCUGGUACUCCGCAUCGGCCGCGCCCGCGCCCACCGCCCCCGCGCGACUGAAAAGGGCGCAACCCCCACAUCAACUACCGUCCGGUGGAGGAGUCAGCGGAAGCAAUGGUCCUCACGUUCCCCUUUCGCCCACAGCGUUGCAGAAUUCCGUUCCACAUAGCAACCUAAUGUCGUCGUCAGUGCGCGCAGCGGCUCCGAGCGGCCCCGCGCCCGCCGCCAUGCACACGUCCCAAACAACAGCCGUAGUCCCCAAGGGAUCGAGCGAUGUGUUGGUGAACUCGUCAGGACCGACGCCGCCGGCCGCCAACAGACUCGUCAACACGUGGCCCUGGCACCACGGCGCGAUAUCGCGCGAGCGCGCCGAGGCGCUGCUGUCGGGGUCGCCGGACGGCGUGUUCCUCGUGCGCGAGAGCACCAACUUCCCCGGCGACCACACGCUGUGCGUGCGCUUCCGCGGCCGCGUCGAGCACUACCGAGUGAAGUGGGCGACAGCACCUGACAGCCAAAAUCAACGUCUUACAAUCGAUGAUGAAGAAUUCUUUGAUACCAUGCCGGAUCUUAUUCAUCAUUACUUAAAAGAUGCAGAUGGGUUAUGUACAAAAUUAGAAAGAUGGUUACCAAAGUCAUCUCCAAACGGUGCCAAUAACAAUAAUGUGCUCCAACCACCUUUUUCACCUCUUCCACAGCAGCCGCCGCCGUACCCGCCCACGCCGAGCGUGUCGUCGCUGGCCGCCGCGCACUUCCCGCACGCCUUCCCGCCGCCGCCCGCCGACCAGACCGACGGGCAGAAGUUUGAUGCGCGUUGGGUAAUAGCAGAACGAGACUUAGAGAUUCGGGAGAAUAUAGGCAAAGGAGAAUUCGGAGAUGUGAUGCUGGGCAUUUUGAACGGUACUCAAAAAGUGGCUGUCAAAAUAUUGAAAGACCGCGAAGCAGCCAGCAAGUUCCGAGCGGAGGCUAGUGUGAUGGCGUCGCUAAAGCACGAGAACCUGGUGCGGCUGCUGGGCUGCGUGGUGUUCAGCGCCAACGGCAGCACGUGCAUCGUGACGGAGCACUGCGCGCAGGGCUCGCUGCUGGACUACCUGCGCUCGCGCGGCCGCCACUACGUCACGCAGCUCAAUCAGAUCAACUUCGCUUACGACGCGUGCUGCGGCAUGGAGUACCUGGAGCGGCAGCGCGUGGUGCACCGCGACCUGGCGGCGCGCAACGUGCUCAUCUCCGGCGAGGGCGCGGCCAAGGUGGCGGACUUCGGGCUGGCGCGCCCCGACGCCGCGCCCGACGACCCCGCCGACGCGCUGCGCGUGCAGGCCAAGCUGCCCAUCAAGUGGACCGCGCCGGAGGCGCUCAAGUACAACAAAUUUUCUAAUAAGUCUGACAUGUGGAGUUUUGGCAUUCUCUUGUGGGAGAUUUACUCAUUCGGAAGAGUGCCGUAUCCUAGAAUCCCGCUGGCGGAGGUGGUGCGGCACGUGGAGCGCGGCUACCGCAUGGAGGCGCCCGAGGGCUGCCCCGCCGGCCCCUACGACGUGAUGCGCGCCGCCUGGCACGCCGACCCCGCGCAGCGCCCCACCUUCGCGCACACGCGCCUGCGCCUCGCCGCCAUACGCGAGACCGCGCACGCGCACCAG